ACUCCUCUUGCUGAUGAUGACGUUGAGUCCCGGGCCAGCGUUGUUUACCUGUACUGGCCACAUGUGCCGCGGGUGUUGUUUUCCUUCAUAGCUGUGUCACUACAAGACUUUGAGAGCUGAGGGCGUGAGGAGCAGCUGACACACACACACACAAGCAUGGAUGUGGACCUUUAUGACGAGUUCGGCAACUACAUCGGGCCGGAGCUUGACUCAGAUGAAGAGGAAGAGGAGGAGGAUGACGACGACUACCCUGACCCAGAGCAGGACGUGAAUGGGUUCGAGGAGGAGGAUGGGGACCGGGAGGAGGAGGAGGUGGCAUCCCAGGCAGUGGUGCUGCACGAGGAUAAACAGUACUACCCCAGUGCUGCUGAUGUGUAUGGCCCGGAGGUGGAGACUAUUGUGCAGGAGGAGGAUGCACAGCCACUCACCCAGCCUAUCAUACAGCCAGUCAAGGUGAAGAAGUUUAGCCAUGUGGAGAAAGACCUGCCCAUCACCAGCUAUGACUUGGAGUUCCUGGCCGACCUGAUGGACAACCCUGGCCUGGUGCGCAACAUUUCCCUCAUUGGACACCUGCACCACGGCAAGAGUACCUUCGUUGAUUGCCUCAUCCACCAGACACACCCAGAGUUUAGGAGCAAGGAGGAUGUGCCGGUGCGCUACACUGACACACUGUUCACGGAGGGGGAGCGCGGGCUGAGCAUCAAGGCCACGCCCAUCACGCUGGUCAUGCAGGAUGUGCGCAACAAAAGCUUUCUCCUCAACAUCUUUGACACGCCCGGGCACGUCAACUUCUCAGAUGAGGUGACGGCGGCAAUGCGUCUUAGUGAUGGUGUGGUGCUGUUCAUUGACGCUGCGGAGGGUGUGAUGCUGAACACACAGCGGCUGCUGAAACACGCUGCACAGGAGCGUCUGGCCCUCACUGUCUGCAUCAACAAGGUGGACCGCCUCAUCUUGGAGCUGAAGCUGCCGCCACAGGAUGCCUACUACAAGCUGCGGCACAUUGUGGAGGAGGUGAACUCCCUGCUGCAGCAGUACACAGACCAGGACAACCCGCAGAUCAUCUCCCCGCUGCUGGGCAACGUGUGCUUUGCCAGCUCCCAGUACUCCCUCUGCUUCACCCUCAAGUCCUUCGCCAAGCUGUAUGCACAGCACUACGGCUACGACAUUCCCCUGGAGGAUUUCUCCCGCCGCCUGUGGGGCGACAUCUACUUCAACGCACGCACCAGGAAGUUCACCAAGAAGCCGCCCACCUCCACCGCCCAGCGCAGCUUUGUGGAGUUCAUCCUGGAGCCGCUGUACAAGAUCUUUGCGCAUAUCGUGGGCGACGCGGACACACACCUUGAGUCGCUGAUGGAGGAGCUUGGCCUGCACAUGAGCAAGGAGGAGCAGCGCAUGAACAUCCGGCCGCUGCUCAAGCUGUUCAUGAGCAAGUUCAUUGGUGAGUUUGAUGGGUUUGUGGAUAUGUGCGUCCAGCAUGUGCCGUCACCCCAGGCCUACGGCAAGCACAAGGUGGAGUCCACCUACACAGGGCCAAUAGACAGCGACCUGGCCCUCACUAUGAUGCAGUGUGACCCUGAGGGGCCGCUGGUGGUGCACACCACCAAGCAGUACCCCAACGAGGACGCCACCACCUUCCACGUGUUUGGGCGCGUCAUCUCAGGCACCAUCCGCGCCAACCAGGAGGUGCGGGUGUUGGGGGAGAAGUACACGCUGAUGGAUGAGGAGGACUCUCGGGUACUGACGGUAGGGCGGCUGUGGGUGUCUGAGGGGCGGUACAGCAUCGAGGUGAAUGCCGUGCCUGCAGGGAACUGGGUGCUUAUCGAGGGCAUUGACGAGCCCAUCGUCAAGACGUCCACCCUCACUGACCUGCCGCCGGCCAGCGAGCUCCACAUCUUCCGCCCGCUCAAGUUCAACACCCAGUCGGUGAUCAAGAUCGCGGUGGAGCCGGUGAAUCCCUCAGAGCUGCCCAAGAUGCUGGAUGGUCUGCGCAAGGUGAACAAGUCAUAUCCACUGCUCAACAACCGCGUCGAGGAGUCUGAGCACGUCAUCCUGGGCACUGGCGAGCUGUACCUGGACUGUGUGAUGCACGACCUGCGCAAGAUGUACUCUGAGAUUGACAUCAAGGUGGCGGACCCCGUAGUCAGCUUUUGCGAGACAGUGGUGGACACCUCCUCCCUCAAGUGCUUCGCCGAGACGCCCAACAAGCGCAACAAGGUCACCAUGAUUGCCGAGCCUCUCGAGCGUGGUCUGGCAGAGGACAUCGAGGGGGAGGUGGUGCAGAUCUCCUGGGACCGCCGCCGCCUUGGGGAGUUCUUCCAGACGCGUUACGACUGGGACGUGCUGGCCGCCCGUUCCAUCUGGGCCUUUGGGCCAGACCAUAGUGGGCCAAACAUCCUGGUGGACGACACACUGCCUUCCGAGGUGGACAAGAACCUGCUGUCCUCCGUGCGGGACUCCAUCGUGCAGGGCUUCCAGUGGGGGACCCGUGAGGGGCCGCUGUGUGAGGAGCCCAUCAGGAACUGCAAGUUCAAGAUCCUGGACGCUGUGAUUGCCGAGGAGCCGCUGCACCGCGGCGGUGGCCAGGUCAUCCCCACGGCCCGCCGUGUGGCCUACUCCGCCUUCCUGAUGGCCACGCCGCGCCUCAUGGAGCCGUACUACUUCGUGGAGAUCCAGGCGCCAGCAGACUGUGUCUCCUCUGUGUACACGGUGCUCACCAAGCGGCGUGGCCAUGUGACGCAGGAUGCACCGGUGGCCGGCUCGCCACUCUACACCAUCAAGGCCUUUAUCCCAGCCAUCGACUCCUUCGGCUUUGAGACGGAUCUGCGUAUGCACACACAGGGCCAGGCCUUCUGUCUCAGCGUGUUCCACCACUGGCAGAUUGUGCCUGGCGACCCGCUGGACAAGAGCAUCGUGAUCCGCCCCCUGGAGCCACAGCCCGCCACGCACCUGGCCAGAGAGUUCAUGAUCAAGACGCGCCGCAGGAAGGGCCUGUCAGAGGACGUCUCCAUCAACAAGUUCUUCGACGACCCUAUGUUGCUGGAGCUGGCCCGCCAGGAUGUCACACUCAACUAUGCCUAGACACACACACACACAUCUCUGUAUCCAGGUAUGUCUGCUGCUCUACACACACACACACACACACCACAGCUUUCAUUAUGGUGGUGUUGUCUGCUGUCCACACACUAUUGUUAUGGUGUUGUCUGGUGGACACAAACACACACACACACACCAUGGUGGUGAUGUUAGCCUGCUGGACACUUCAUCGUAGGCCGUGUGUGUCACUUGACUGGUGAUGGAAAGUGGCAAAGUGUUCUGCAGACUCGUGACAUGAAACAUCCAGCCCAGGAAAGCAAAACAAGACUGUUCAGUGAAGGAACAGUAACAAUACUGACUUUUCACAAAAAUAAUGAUGAAAUGAGACUCUUAAUUGAAGUGUUAGUGAUUAUGCUGACUAAUUUUUUAUCUUUAUCCCUUAAGUGCCCAUGAAAAGCCCACACUGUAUAAAAAAGGGAAAGUAGGAGAAAAUAACACCAAUGAAGUAAUAGUGAUAAUACUGUGUUUUGUACAUCACACAAUAAUUCAAAAGAAAAGUAACACUUCAAUGAAAUGAUGACUAAUACCAAAUUGUUGAUGUAUUGUAGAAACAGAUCCAUAUUGACAUCUUUGAGGGAGUGUUUGGCAGUGAGUGGUGGAAGGUGCCACUGGGAGAUAGGUAGGUAGUUUAUAGUAAGAGAAUUUUGCAACAGAUCAACGUUAUUAAAAAAUUGUGUUAUGUAAUUAUGUAUUUGUUUUUAUUUUAUUAUUUUACCUUUUUUCAUUUAUAUAUAGACACACUUCUAUUUUUCCCAUUUAUUUCUCUUCACUAUGUCAUGAUUGACCAAGGACAUAAAAAGACAUAUAUAAAAAGCUUACAUACAUAUUUGUCUUAUAUAAUUAUGUAUGUAUUUUUAUUCUAAUAUUGUAUCAUUAAUUAUCUCAUACACUUUUUUCAUUUAUUAAUUUUUUUUUCUUUUUAUUACGAGUUAGUCUUUUUUACACUUUCUUUUUAUUUAUUCAUUUUUCAUUACAAGUUAGGAGUCUUACACUUUUCUUCUUUUCAUUUAUUCAUUUUCAUUUCUUUUCAUGACACGUUAUGAGUGGCCAUUGACAAAAAGCAUACAAAAAACACAAAAAUCAUUGCACUACUUCAAAGAUUUAAUCACAGAAGACCCAAGAGUGAGACAUUUUAUCCCAUUCUUCUGGAUAACUCGACUCAGACCUGCCUGGGGACUGGCAUUUUUUUUUUUUUUUUUUUUUUUUUUUUUUUUUUUGCUCCCUGCCCAGAUUUCCCUUGCAUAGAAAAUAAAUAAAUAAAAAAAAAAUAAACAAUGUAGGUGAUUAUGUUUACUGUGUCAUUGUGUACAUGUGCUAGGGUUGGCCUCAGAGUUUUGUACAUUGAGUGAAGUACAAAUUGAUGAAUACUG